AUGACACAACUCUACCGUGACCCUUGGGCCAAGCGUGAGGCAUGGCGCAAACACCCCGUCUUCUCGCACCGCUUCUUCGCACGCAACAUCUUCCCCGGCUUCGGAUUGGGGCUGGGCGCAUUCGUAGUAUACUUGGCCGUCGACACCAUCACACAUCCUUCCAACAUCGAGAAGCUCAAGGAGGAUGCACGCAAGCAGACUGGUAAAGACCACUAG